UAAAGGAAUAUGUAAGAUUUCGUAAUCGGUUCGUAGGAAUAUUCGGCUUGAAUUACAGCUUUGAAUACAAAAAAAUGUUUAAAGCCAAAGAUAAUUUGUAGACUAAAAUGUGAAUUACAUUGUGUAGAACCUGAAUUGACAACGGAAAACACAUGAUUGGACACUUUCAUAUCCUUGCAGAAACAUGUACAGAGGUUUCAUCAGAUGAUUUCUUUGCCAACCGUCCUCAAUUCUAGGUAGAAUACAUCAGACUCUACAGAAUGACGCGCAACCAGACAGAGUUAGAAACGCCAAGCUUCAGAAACAACAUCACUUUUUUUGUGUUUGGAUUUUGUACAUACAUUCUUGUCUCUGUAAAAUUUGUUAUUGCUGAAGAUGUGCUAGCUGAUUCGGUAUAUCCAACAACAGUAGUCUUUACUUGUGGCAUGGGCCCUUGGUUUCUGACAACGCUGAUUUUCCCAUACUUCAUCAACAAAGUCUCGUAUUCAAUACGUGUCCUGUUUAUUGCCAUAUUUGGUACUGGUGGCUUGCUGUUAAUUUCCCUGUGUGGAGUAUUGGCGGUAAAGCUGCUUGGAGUUUGCUUCACCUCCUUGUCAUGUGGAAUGUCAGCGGUUACAUUUAUUCCCCUAACAGCUUUUUACAGAGAAUCAACUGUGAAAGCUUACACUGCCGGCACUGGAUGUGGGUUGUGUUUUGGUACAUUUUACUAUGCAGUGUUGACAAGCUGGGCCUGUGUUUCCUCAGAAACCACACUCUUAACCGAAGUUUGUGCACCAGUAUUACUGCUUACUUUCUACGCGUUCUUUCUGCGGAAGAAACAGCCUAAACCAACAGCAGGGGAAGCAGUAACUAGCCCACUUUUACCUGUGGCUCAAGACAAGACUCAUCCCCCACUCCUGUGCAAUGACAAACUGAUGGCUAUAAGACAGACUCUCAGAUACGUCCUACCGUUCUACAUAGGCGUAUUAAGCCAAUUUGUAAUCUUGCAAUCAGUGGUGACAACGAUGGCAUUUCCAAACGAUUUGUUUCAUCCACGUGAUCUAUACCAGUUCUACGUAUUCGCUUUUGUCCUUGGAAACUUUAUCAGCCGAUCGUAUCGUGUAAUCCUCAGUCUCUUUCGAAACGGCUCUACCCUUCUUAUCCGACCUACGUGGAUUCUAAGCAUGUGUCUCGUUGCCGUCUUGAUUUUCUUGUCUGUUUGUUCAUGGUACCGUUCACCUCAAUCUGCUUGGAUGGUGGGGGGCGUUCUGCUUGGUGUUGGGCUGUUAGCAGGUUUACUUUACACCAGUACCUUUACCGUGGUGGGAGAGGACGAACCUCCUUCCGUCAAGGAGUUUUGUCGUGCGUUCACAACAGUUGCUUCAGUAAGUGGUGCGCUGACCGCGGGUUUUCUCGGGUUAUUUUUAGAGCACGUUUUCUUACAUCACUGUACCAGUGUUGAAAAACACAACCAAUACUGUUAUACACGUAUCGUAGGGAAGUUCAAUACCACAGUUAAAUGUGAUUGGGGGAAAUAAACUUAGCUCGGCUAAACAUUCAUACAGAUAGCAGAUGAAACCUUAUCUUUAUUUAAAUAUUUUUGAUAGUCAAGCGAAAAUCUACCAAAAGUAUUAAUUAAAGAUUAUGGUAAAUGUGUUGUAUGUUACAAUCCCUUGAUACCUAUAGAUGGACUUGAUAUCUUGUUUUAGAAUUUAACAGUUUUUACUUCUGUGAGCAUCUCCCAGAUGCAGUUGGUAUCAAAAUACUUGUUUGACUUAAAAUGUUUCCCAUCAUCCUUAGCAGUCUCAGCUUUCAAAAUUUUAGUGAAUAACUUUAUAAUAUACUCUAUAAUAUCCUUGUACCGUACCCUGGGGUCCAGGGGUUAUUUAUUCUUGAUCCGGCCUUUGCUGUUUUGACGGGAAAUGAAUCCCUGCCCUGUCCUGCCCUGCCCUAUAUAGCCUACCCUACUCGAAGUGAGCCUCUGGACCCGGGGUACUGGUACGCAAGCACUAAGUUAAAAAAGAUAAUGUAUCAUCUGAUCUGCGUUUCUGUUUUGUCUGUUUUGAGCUAUUUAACCCUGAAUAUUAACCUAAUUUAUGGAAGAAGUCCCGGAUGGGACAUGGUUAAGCCGUUUAAUAAAACAAAAAGGCAAGUGAAAUGCUAUUUUUAUAUAUAUUGUAUACCAUAUACUAGAUUCUUUUCCGCAUUACUGUAAUAGACCGUUACCCUAAUGAUGAUUCAAACCUAAACUACCACAAUCCUUUUCAAAAUCUCUUUAUAUUCAAAUAUUUAAACUCCUUUAAAGUGAAUACUAGAAUAACAAAAAAACUACCAAAAAUGAUUCUGGAAGUGUAGAUAUAACACGUCAUCAUGCUUUAGGUCUUUUGGUCCUGUAUACACCAUUAGAUCUAGCAGUUUGCUUGUAAAAGUUAUAGUUUAACUUCAUUAAUUCUUCUGACACCACUCAUUUUAUUUUACCCAAUUACCCGCUUAUUGUUUAAGGGUGGCAGAGAUUUAUUGUCUGAUCAGCAUUCUUGUAUAUCAGUCUUUAGCUUGAAUAAACUUCUCUUUUGUGUCAAAA